CCAGGGGUCAGAGUAUAACGAAGGAAGUGGCCUGGUUGCAGCAUAAAGGAGACGUUCACGUCCCAACUUGCAAUUCAUGGCUGGAAGAAGAAGUCAACAGUGAACCGAGGCUAGGCUAGGCUAGGCGAGGCUGGGCUGGGCGGCGGGGACAGUUCCAAAGGAGGCUCUCACCCAGACCGAACGAAGCCGAACCUUUCUGAUUUUUCCCACCCUUUUCGAUGUUUCCGUGUGUUGGAAGAAAUCUGACAUUAGAGCCAUCUUGUCUUGACGUUUUUGGUUUGUUUUUGUGAUGCCACAUUCAGGCUAAUUAGUCUUGAAGAAAACAACGACAGAACCGAAUACUUGAAGGACCCACAAGCCUGCUUGGUCUUCCGGUGUCUGAGGUUGGAAAAGGUGAUUGGAUCGGAACCAUGGCAGCUACUUUAUCCGCGGAGGAAGAACAGGCCACCAGACAGUUCCUGGAGGAAAUCAACAAGUGGACCAGUCAGCACGGAGUGUCGCCGCUGUCCAGGGAGUUGGCCGUCAAAUUCUUGAUGGCGCGCAAGUUUGACGUCCACCGAGCCAUCGAGCUGUUCCACAGCUACAGGGAAACGCGUCUGAAAGAAGGAAUAGUCAGACUUCAGCCGCAGGAAGAACCUCUACGUUCAGAGCUGCUCAGUGGAAAGUUCACAGUGCUGAGCGCACGGGAUCCUUCGGGAGCCUCCAUUGCCUUGUACACCGCCAAACUCCAUCACCCCAACAAAACAGGCAACCAUGUGGUUCUGCAGGCACUCUUCUACCUCCUGGAUCGUGCUGUGGAGAGCUUUGAGACCCAGAGAAAUGGCUUGGUGUUCAUCUACGACAUGGCGGGAUCCAACUACACAAACUUUGAGCUGGACCUGAGCAAGAAGAUCCUCAACUUACUGAAGGGGGCAUUCCCUGCUAGGUUGAAGAAGGUGUUGAUUGUUGGUGCCCCGGUUUGGUUUCGGGUGCCCUACAACCUGCUCAGCUUGCUGCUGAAAGAGAAACUUCGGGAGCGAGUCCAGAUGGUAAAGAUGGCCGAGCUGCGCCAGCACCUCCCCAGAGAUUGCCUACCUCAGCAUCUGGGUGGCCUGCUUCCCCUGGACGCCUACAGCUGGAACCAGCAGCUGCUGGCAGGCCAGAACGGCCACGUGGACCCCGUGGACGAGCUGGUGGGGAUUCCCCUGGAGGACGCUUCCAUUCACGUCCCGGGACCAGAAUCCAUGCGCCCGCAGGAGUUGCUGACACAUCUCGGCAAGCUUCAACGCUCUGGAAUCCAUCAGGAGUAUGAGGAGCUCCGAAAAGAAGUGCCGCCUGGAACCUUCCACUGCGCACAAGCAGUCUACAAUCUGGAGAGGAAUCGCUAUGGCGAUGUACUGUGCCUUGAUCAAACAAGGGUCCGUCUGAAACCCAGAAGGAACGAGAGGUCUGACUACAUCAAUGCAAGCUUCAUGGAUGGCUACAAACAGAAGAAUGCAUACAUCGGUACUCAAGGCCCACUGGAAAAGACCUACGGUGACUUCUGGAGAAUGGUUUGGGAACAAAAUGUGCUUGUUAUCGUCAUGACAACCAGGACAGAGGAGGGCAGUCGGAGGAAGUGCGGACAGUACUGGCCUCUGGAGGAAGGCGGGCAGGAGGUCUACGGCUACAUAGCGGUGGUGAAUCAAAGGGUGGACAAUCACACCCACUACAACCAUACCACCCUAGAACUGCACAACACUGAGACGUGUGAACAGAAGCAAGUCAGUCACUUCCAGUACCUCAGCUGGCCUGACUACGGUGUCCCGACCUCAGCGGUAACGCUCAUUGACUUCCUGGCAGCCGUGAAGAGACAGCAGAGGAAGAUGAUCAAAGCUUUGGGGCCUCAGUGGACAGGCCACCCGCAGGGACCCCCCAUGGUAGUCCACUGUAGCGCAGGGAUUGGUAGAACAGGUACCUUCUGUGCGCUGGACAUCAGUCUGUCCCAGCUCCAAGACGUGGGUUCUCUAAAUGUCUGCCAGACGGUUCGACGCAUGAGAACACAGAGGGCCUUCAGCAUCCAAACCCCGGACCAGUACUACUUCUGCUACAAUGCCAUUUUGGAGCACGCCCAAAGGCAAGGUCUGCUUCCAGCCAAUCAGUGAGCUCCCAUCCUGACCUGAACCAAUUCUACUGUUCACCCCCAAGACAUACUCGUGUGACCAAUUAGUGUGCUCUGGAACACAAAUGCUGUGCUUUUACUUCCUGGUGGGCUGUCAAGUGUGACGACACAGCGAACAUGGCUGACGUUCGUCCUCGUUUUGACGUGUACACCCAACACGUGGAUGAGAGGACGUGCCGCCGUAGUGGUGGCGGGCAGUUUUACGCACUUCACAGCAAAAAAACACGCCUUAGUAGGUAUGGGCAUAAUGGCCAACAAAUAAAGUGCACUACUUGGCUGCAACCAGCAGAGGCACUGUUGCUAUGGCAUAACUCCUUAUUUUGCUCAAUAAUUGAAACAGGAGUUCACAACAUUUACAGAGAAAUCCUAUUUAAAAUAAUUAUCAAAAAAUAGCUUGUUAUUGUUUAUUUUAUGCAUUGUAUAUCACGACACCUUCAGCCUAAUGUCUAUGCGAGCGCGGGUAUUUAGAAAAAAUAUUUAGAAAAAACACCAACUUUUUUUUCCAUUGCAAAUGUGCAGUUCUUUUUAAAAACAGACAAAACCUGUUCAGAGACAACUUGUGGAUUUGAAUAUUGCUUCAUGACAUGCGCAUAUAAUCUACUAUAUUGACAAACACAGGCUUUUAAAUGACUUAAAAUGAGCGUCAAAAGGGUAAGGUACACAAUAUUCCUUUAAACAGAUGCACAAUUCUUAUCCUCGUCGGGUCCAAGUCAGUAUUUAGCACAAGUUAAGAUGUCAAGUCGCUGGUACGAAAUGACUUGAUUGCUCGCCGCACAAUAUACGCUUCCAAAAGUUGGGGUCGUGACGAACCACACAGCAGGAGUGCCUCGACCCCUGCCUGGGGAAAAAAGCGAGCCGACGACCAGUUUACUCUCAUAUUAGAUUUAGUAGGUUGAUCCAGAAAGAGUUGGUCCCAAGCUCAGAUAGCAGUAACACACACAGGUUUGUUUUGAGGGCUUUUGUGCUACAGAGACCAUUGAAGCUGUGGAAAAAUCACCAGUUCAGACCUAAUGAGUGGUGCAAUAUUUUCUCCUUACACACACAGAAUGUUGCAACUUUUUCUCAUUAAGUUCACCUUCUCAUCAUGAAAAUUUAUUUUAAAAUGAUGGUGUUUUUUGUCAUUAUACAACUUUAAUUGCAUAUAAUCUCUAUUCUCCCACCCACCCCCAGCCACCACUUUCUCGGGGGUAAAAAUUCAACAUUCCCACAAAAUGACAACCUUAUCCUUGCAAUAUUUUUUUCUAUUGUUGUGGUAGACUGUAACUAUUUGACAUCUUGGCACUUUGAAUAAUAACCCAGAUAUGCUUGUACAACAGUGAUUGUAUGGGAUGAGACCAUGGUUCAUCAUUCCUAAUGUAGGUUUCUGCAUCAUACAAGUGUACAUAGAAAAGAGUGGACGCUGACUUAAUAAAAGGAGAUGGCUUAAGAAUGCACACUUGUGCCUAUACCCCCUACUAACGUCUUUGUCGAGGGUCCCAAAUGAUGUCUGAGAUCUAUUUUCUGUGUGUGUGUGUGUUCCAGACUGUGGUUGUUAUAAAGUUAAAUGUAUGUACAAUAUCAGAGUAUACUGUGUCAUUCACCAUCUUGUUGUCAGGUCGAGACUUGUUUUUUGUGUGUUUUUUUUUUCCUUAACUACAGAAUUCAUAUUGAAUUUACUUGUAGUGAAGCCUUCCAUGAAUUUACUUUGCCGAAAUGUGGCCUCUUUUUAUUUUUCUAUGCUAUUCAACCGCUGUUUUCAUACGGGAUAUACAGUUAUCUGCAUUAAUUUUAUAUAUAUAUAUAUAUUUCUGUUUAUUAUAACCUGUUACUGCAUUAUUUGUAAGAUUUAUUGUACCAAGCUAUACUGUAAUAAAUAUAAACUAUUGUCAACGUC